UUAUUCCUGCCAACCAAUAGUACUAAACUAUUAACUAAUGGCCACGUUUAAAGCAAGCGUCAUGAGAAGCUCUACUUCUAACCCAGGCUCAACUCCUCUGAUUAUAUCAUCCUUCCCCAAUAACAACAUCAAAUUUUCAGUAUUCAUCAAACUUCCAAAACCCAAGUUAUUUUCGACUCCCAAGCUCCAAUUCCAAGUUUAUUUUGGCGGUAGAAGUAGAAGAACCCGGAUCUCUUCUGCAGCCAUGGCUACUGGAAGUGUGCAAGAGGUGCGUACACCUGCUCUCAGUUCUACCUCUGAUCCCCCAAAAAUCUUCGAUGGCAAAACAAGGUUGUAUAUAGCUUACGUAUGCCCAUAUGCGCAGCGCGUCUGGAUUACGCGGAAUUGUAAGGGAUUGCAGGAAAAGAUAGAACUGGUUCCCCUUGAUCUGCAAGACAGGCCUGCCUGGUACAAGGAAAAAGUCUACCCAUCUAACAAGGUGCCGGCAUUGGAACACAACAAUGAAGUCAUAGGAGAGAGUUUGGACUUAAUCAAAUAUCUUGACAGUCACUUUGAAGGGCCUUCACUUUUGCCUGAUGAUCCUGCAAAGAAAGAGUUUGCAGAAGAGUUGCUUUCCAAUACUGACUCGUUCAAUAAAUCUGUCUUUUCUUCAUUCAAAGGAGAUGUGAACGAAGCUGUUUCUGCAUUUGACCUUAUUGAAACUGCUCUUUCCAAAUUUGAUGAUGGACCGUUCUUUCUUGGUCAGUUCAGUCUGGUGGACAUUGCUUAUGUACCAUUCAUUGAAAGAUUUCAACCUUUCUUAUCAGAAGUCAUGAAGUAUGACAUCACUGCAGGCAGGCCUAACCUGAAAAUUUGGAUUGAGGAGAUGAACAACAUUGAGGGAUACAAACCAACUCGAAGCGAUCCAAAGGAGAUCAUCUCUUCCAUCAAGAAACGCUUCUCGAUUCCCAAAUGAAAUUGGUGUUUCAAAGAUGUUCUUAUUUGGCCUUUGAUUUUUCUUCUGCUCAUGCUGUCUUUGAGAAGUAGCUAUAGCUCAGAACAGCUAAAUGUAAUUGUUAAUAAGUUGUAAAGGACUUAAAAAGCCAAUCUAAAGGCCGUUGUAAUAAUGUGGUUAAGGGGAUGAUUUUGUCUGUUGUCGCACUAUAAUUUCGAUCCUUAUUGUCCAGCUUGAAUGGAAAUUGGCCUCAUUGGUUUAUUUCUGUUCCUGAUAAGGCGUUCUCAUAUGAGGCAAAAAUAAAAAAGUGUACUGAUUAAACA